ACUAUCGAAGCCUCUGGCGCGAGUGCCAUCGCUAGUUUGGGCUCCCAACAAACAACCAUUGCAUUUCGCACGAAAACCGCCCAAAAUUUGGCUUAAUCCUGAUUCCCAAGGAGCCGUCAUCGCCCAGACAAACCAUGUUGAGAGCCCAGCCCCCACUGCCGCUGCCACUGGCCACAAGCGGGAAGCGGAAAAAGCCCGCGGAGCUGCAGUUGCCCUGUGGCUGGAGCGGUUGCCAGGAUAUCUGCGACGGAGAAUGGAACCUAAACACACACAUUGCCCAGCACCUAGAGGAGUAUGUCCGCGAGGAGGCGGACACGAAGGAGCACUGCUGCAGAUGGACCGACUGUGAUUUCCGUUGCAGCUGCCGGGUGGAGUUUGAACGUCACUCAUACUACCAUGGCUACUACCAGAACCUGCUACUCCAGGGUCAGCUGGAAUGUGACCUGCAUCCGGAGAUACCUGCCUGCACGGCACCCGCCCGCCACAAGUUACCCCAUCUCGGCCAGAACUUCCGCUGCGGUUGGACGGACUGCGAGCGUGAGUUUGUCUCGAUUGUGGAGUUCCAGGACCACAUUGUCAAGCAUGCGCUGUUUGAGUACGACAUACAGAAGACGCCAGAUGACGAGCGGCCCAAGACGCAGUGCAACUGGAGUUUGUGCCACAAGCAGAUGGGCAACAAGUAUCGCCUCAUCGAGCACAUAAGCACGCAUUCGAACAAGAAGCAGGUGGCCUGCCAUCACUGCGGGGAGCUCUUCCGGACUAAGACCACGCUCUUCGACCACCUUCGCAGGCAGCCAGAGAACAAUACCCAUAACUUUCAAUGCGCUCAAUGCUUCAAAUUCUUUGCCACCAAGAAGCUGCUGAACAGCCAUGUGGUCCGCCAUGUAAACUGCUACAAGUGCACCAUGUGCGACAUGACCUGCAGCUCUUCCAGUUCGCUGACCACCCACAUUCGCUACCGUCACCUCAAGGACAAGCCGCUCAAGUGCAGCGAAUGCGAGACGCGCUGCGUCCGCGAGUCCGACUUGGCCAAGCACAUCCAAAUUGUACACUCGAAGACGGUGCACCAGUGCGAGCACCCGGACUGCCAUUACUCCGUGCGCACCUACACGCAGAUGCGAAGGCACUUUCUGGAGGUCCAUGGGAACAAUCCCAUCCUGUAUGCCUGCCACUGUUGCGAGCGCUUCUUCAAGAGCGGCAAGUCCCUCUCAGCUCACCUAAUCAAAAAGCACGGCUUUCGGUUGCCAUCGGGCCACAAGCGCUUCACCUACCGCGUGGAUGAGAAUGGCUUCUAUCGCUUGGAGACGACGCGCAUUGAGAGCUUGGAGGUCACUCAGCAGAUACUAUCGCCCCAGGUUAACCCUGUGCUGGAAAUCGACCUGAAGCCCGGCACUGGCUCCUGCUUCGAAAUCGUGGAUCCUACGAACUCGGAAUUCGAGCGGAUCAUCGUCUCGAAUGAUGCCAAUGAAGCGCAGAUGAUGGGCGAAGUGGUCAUCUCGUUUCCGAGCCUCCCGGAUCCCGAGGAGGUGUGAUGGUGGUCCAACAGCAUUUCUGAUCGAUCUCGUGCCCUUCAUCUUUGACUGGCUUUAAUCCCAGCAUUAGCUCACUAUGAAUUACUUAGGCUUUAGGCGAGAGAACUGCCCGCGAGUGUAAUUUGUCACUAUUUUAAGUACUAUAAAGCGAGAUUGUACUAUAAUCAUAUCCCUCUCAUGUCGCCCUUCUGUAAGGGUUGGCCAUAUCUCCUUUGACAUUUAGUUUAUAAUCAACCAUUGACAUUUUACAGUUGCAACUUUAGUUUCGAAUAUUAAUAAUAUAAAUAAUAAAUGAAAG